UUUACUAAUGCAAUAGUACGACACCUCACAUGAUACUUAAAAUGUGAUACUAUAUAUGGUCACUACAGCAUUACUCUUUUUAAUAAUUCAAAUUUAACUUAUCCUACCUAUAGGAUACUUAUUGGUAUUUAAACUAUUACUUAUAGAGAUGGACGACUCAGAUUAUGCACUACACUCAACACUAGAGGUUCCCGUUUCCUUUAAAAACUAAAACAUCAUAUUAAACCCAUCGAAUUUGAGUUCACAUAUUGUUAUGUGUCUUGAGCUUCACAAAAUUGAUGAGAUUCGAGUGAAAAGCGCAUGGAAUUAGGAUUCGGUCUCUCUGCAGUCAACUGCAGAGAAGGGUGUACGGUUCAAUCUGGACCAUUCGAUCGUAUUGACAAUUAAUGGUUGCCAACACUUGGAUUGCACAUAUGCAGCUUAGGUUUGAACUGCAGACAAGCUAGAUCCUGGAGUUAACACCAAGUGAUGUUCAAUCUGGGAAGUUAUUCUCAUUGUUUUACAGAUGCUUAAUUGUACGGUUGGACAAUAGUAAGGAUUUUAUUUUUGGAAGCUUCGGGGCAGUCUCCCUGGGUCCACUGUAAUUGCCUAUAAAUAGGUCUACCAUUGCAUAUCACUUUGCAACAAAAUAAACACAUUCAUGCGAAUGUCCAUUCAUAUGUUCUUUGCUCCACAUCCGACUUGUUCGAAACAAAAAUCUGUACAUUGCGCUUACCUUCAUUCCUCAGCAAUGGUUGAAGGAUAUUCACAACAACCUUCCGAAAGGCAAUCCGCCCAUUACCAGCCAACUGCUUGGAAUUCUAAUUUCGUCAAGUCUUUGGAAAAUCGCAAUAAUACAGAUGAAAUACAGAAGCAGAGGGCAGAGACAUUGAAGGAGGAUGUAAGGGCUAUGAUUGGGGAUACAUAUGCAAAUUCAUUGACAAUACUCGAACUGAUAGAUGAUAUUCAACGCUUGGGAUUGAGCUAUCACUUUGACAAGGAUAUCAAGAGAGCACUUGAUAAAAUUAUACUAUCGGUGAAUGGAAAUAAUGUGAUGAAAGAUCAAAAGAUUGGUGUUCAUGCUAUUGCGCUCUGCUUUAGGCUCUGUAGGCAACAUGGCUAUGAGGUCUCCCAAGAUGUGUUUAAGAGAUUCAAGGACGAAAAUGGAAACUUCAUGGAAUCCCUAAGCAAGGACACCAAGGGAUUGCUAAGUUUGUAUGAAGCUUCUUACUUUUCAUUUGAUGGAGAACAACUCAUGGAAGAGGCCAAAGUAUUCACAGCCAAACAUCUGAAGGGAAAGAUAGCGAACAAAGACCUCGUGGAACAAAUAAAUAAUGCACUGGAAAUGCCUUUGCAACAUAGGAUGCUGAGGCUUGAGGCAAGGUGGUAUAUUGAAGCUUAUGGUAAAAGGAAAGAUGCAAAUUAUUUGCUGCUUGAAAUGGCUAAGUUGGAGUUCAACAUGGUGCAAUCUAUGCUUCAAGGAGAGCUCAAAGACAUGUCAAGGUGGUGGGAAGAUAUAGACUUGGGAAAAAGGUUGAGUUUUACGAGGGACAGACUGAUGGAAUGCUACUUUUGGAAUGUGGGUUUGAUUUUUGAGCCCAAAUUCAGUGAUUGCCGGAAGAGUUUAACGAAAUUGACGGUUUUCAUAACCACCAUUGAUGAUGUCUAUGACGUUUAUGGAUCAUUGGAUGAGCUUGAACUAUUCACAGCAGCUGUUCACAGAUGGGAUAUAGAGGCUGUGGAAACCCUUCCCGACUACAUGAAGUUGUGCUUCCUAGCUCUCUACAACACCACCAAUGAAAUGGCUUAUGACAGUCUUAAACGAAAAGGAGUUAACAUCAUCCCACACUUAAAAAGAGCGUGGGCAGAUAUAUGCAAAGCAUUCUUGAUGGAAGCAAAGUGGUGUUCAAACAAAUCAGAGACUCCAACAUUUAAGGCAUAUCUUGACAAUGCGUUGAUUUCGGUAUCGGGGGUGCUUAUGUUAGUCCAUGUCUACUUCUUAUUGACUGAAACUAUUACAAAAGAGGCUCUGGAGUGCUUAGAGAAGAAGUACCAUCCUCUUGUGGAGUGUUCAUCUCUCAUUUUUCGUUUUUCCAAUGAUUUGGCCACAUCCAAGGCUGAGUUGGAGAGAGGUGAAUCUGCAAACUCAAUCCUCUGUUACAUGCACGAAAUCGGAGUUUCUGAACAAGAAGCCCGAAAGCACAUAAGCAGUUUGAUCGAGGAAACGUGGAAGAAGAUGAACAAAGAACGAGUAGCAGCUGAUUCUCCAUUUGAGAAACCGUUUAUUGAAACGGCUUUUAACCUUGCUCGGAUCGCCCAAUGCACUUACCAAUACGGAGAUGGGCAUGGAGCUCCGGAUAACAAAGCAAAGAACCGGGUUUUAUCAGUGAUAAUUGAACCCAUUACACUUGUGCAGAGACUUCAACACCGGUCAAAUUUGUUAGAUACUGUUUCUUAAGCUAAUUAAAGAAGAGAAUAAAAGGUUGGAAAAUUUGUUAGCUAGUGUUUCUUGAGGUAAAGAGAAGAAUAAAAGGUUGGAAUUUGUCUCUUUUAUGUGUUAUAUGAUGAUGUAACUUACCAGUACAAGAUACUGAUCCUACAAAUUGCAUAUUUUCCACUUUAAAAA